UUGUUUGGCCAACCUGGACAAACAGUCGUGAACACAAGACAGCAACAUUCUCAUCUGAACCUCAGUUAUCAACUCGUAAACAUCAUGACAACUGCAGCGAUCUCGAAGCGCAUAGCCUGAACCCGAUCCGUUCCAUCGUUUCAUGGCCGAACUACACAUCCUGGGGGAAGUGUGCCACGCAGCCAACUACGUGGAGCCAAAUCUGUUCUGCAAGUGGAGCAUCCAGUUCGGUUCCAAUUGGAAGGUAAUCGAGGGCCACUCGGAAGGUCAAACGUGCGCCAGCACAGCCCGCGUCGAACAGCGGUCCCAUUUUAGCAACCCAAUCGAUUUGCACCUUGCCUGUCGGGGCAUUCAGGGUUGGCCGAAAGUACACGUGGAGGUGUACGCGCUAAACGCACUGAACAAAUACUGGCCCGUGGGGUACGGUUUUGCGUACGUGCCCACCCAACCGGGGCUGCACCGGAUCCGGAUUGCAACGUGGAUGGUAUCGACGGGAAGGUUCUUCGAUACGAUCCGGGAGAAGUUUCACACCGGUGGGUUUUCGAUAGCGAAAAGCGACAUUGUGUUUUCCGGUAUCGAACGAUACAAACUGCUAACCAAAUCGGCUGGGAGUGUCGAGCUUGAAUUGAUGCUUAUUUUCAAAAACUUUGCCGAGAAUGGAGUGGAAUUGCGGUAAUUG